AUAAGCAGCGAACAUAGUUCAAUUGUAUACGAAACCUUGCCACUAAGAUCAAUAACUUGUAUUCUGAAGACAAGUGGCUGGAACAAAAUCGCAAUCCCAUCCACAUCCACGUGGAGGAAACGUAUUUUCUCCUGCCAUCACAAGGAAGCCAAGUCGCCGGCCGGAAAAUUUUCAACGGCACCGCCUGAUCGGGCUCUUAUAGGAUCGCGUGCAAGGUGCUCGACGAAAUUCCUGAAUGACGAAGUCCCCGUCGUACAGCGUAUAUUACGCAUAGAAAUCAUUUCAAGAAUGCCUUCUUUACUUCUAAAUACUUUAAAUUUAAAAAAAGUAUAUGGUGGCAUGGCUUUUCUAAAUGGUCCUGGUCUGCUAUCGAAGACUUCUACGCCCUUUGGGUUGCAGUCAAAGCCAUUUAACUUUCCCAGCUUGAAAACUAGAAAUUGUGAUGUGAAGCCGUUGACGAUCCAAGCAAGAGGAAACUCUAAAACAGAAAGUGCAAAAAUUACAAAUAGGAGGUUGCAGAAAAAGUAUAAUGGCACUCCUACAAGACCAAGGCUUUCAGUAUUCUGUUCUGAUAAGCAGUUGUAUGCAAUGUUGGUUGACGACCAGAACAAGAAGUGCCUGUUUUAUGGAAGCACCUUACAAAAAUCUAUGCGUCCAAGUCCCUCAUGCACUACCAUCGAAGCUGCUCAACAUGUUGGUGAAGAACUUGUGAAGGCAUGCGAGGACUUGAACAUACACGAAAUAUCAUCUUAUGAUCGAAAUGGGUUUGCUCGCGGAGAGAAAAUGCAAGCCUUCGAAAUUGCAAUUUCCCGCUAUGGGCUCUUACAACGAUAGAUACACCAAGAAUUAAGGCAAGUUGUAAAUGUAAAUGCUUUAAUUCACAUUGUUAAUUUAACGUUACACAUUCGUUUAAAGUUUUUUCGUCAAACUGUGGAGAAAAACUUUAGGACAAUAGAAAUCCCAGAUAAUCAAUAGAUAUCUUUCAUUGAUCAA